UAGAGAUGAGUGAAGAAGCACCAAAUGAAAAUGAAGAGAUGGUGACACAAUCACCAAGGCGACCUGCCAAAUUGAACGAGCGAAUCCUUUCAUCCUUGUCUAGGAGAUCUGUCGCAGCACAUCCAUGGCAUGAUCUUGAUGUUGGACCUGAAGCACCAAACAUUGUCAAUUGUGUUAUUGAGAUCACAAAAGGAAGUAAGGUCAAAUAUGAACUUGACAAGAAGACAGGAAUGAUAAAGGUUGAUCGUAUCCUAUAUUCAUCAGUGGUUUACCCUCACAACUACGGUUUUAUCCCUCGCACAUUAUGCGAUGACAAUGAUCCCCUCGAUGUCUUGGUCCUCAUGCAGGAACCAGUUCUUCCUGCUUGUUUUCUGAGAAUAAAGGCCAUUGGGUUAAUGCCAAUGAUUGAUCAGGGUGAGGCAGAUGAUAAAAUUAUAGCAGUUUGUGCUGAUGAUCCUGAGUACAAAUUUUACUCAGACAUCAAGGAACUCCCUCCCCAUAGACUUGCAGAAAUUCGCCGUUUCUUUGAGGACUACAAGAAGAAUGAGAACAAAGAAGUUGCUGUCAACGACUUUCUUCCUAAGGAGGCGGCCUAUGAGGCUAUCCAGCACUCAAUGGAUCUGUAUGCUGAAUACAUUAUGCACACUCUGAAGCGGUAGAUCAUACAAGUUCUUCUACAAAGUUCAGCAAAUAGUGUAGAUGUUGGGUUAAAAGGCGAAGGAGCUGAUAGUUUCUUCCUCCCAAAAUGUUAGAAGAAUGCUUAGAUACUCCUCUGCUUGUCGACUUCCAGAAAUCAGACGUCAGAUAUCAGAGUCUACGAGUUCUUUCUAUAUAUAUAUAUUUUGUGUAUC